UCAGAUUUUUUAUUUUGAGUUAUUUGAAUAUUUGAAUUUAAGAAUUUUCGCUUUUAUAAGUCAGCUCAUUGAAUAAAAUGCAAGUUACCGGGACUUUGUUGAUUAUAACAUUGCUAUUGACGGCCGAACCCAUUGCGGGAGAUGAUGAAGAAGCGGCUCCAGCAGAUGGUGGUGAAGAAGAAGGUGUCAAGUGUUACGUCUGUAGUGGCGAAAAUGUUGAAUGCAUUAGUCUGCAGAGUUACAAGUCUCGCUACAAGCUAUUGCAAACCUGUAAAACUGGAUGUGCUGUACUGUUGGGACAAACUGGCGAAAUUGGUGAAUAUGACACGAGUAUUAAAUUUGCCCGAGGCUGUGAUGAUCUGGAGAAAUGUGAUGCAAAAAAUGUCCAUUGUUGCAAAUGCAGUUCGGAUGAGUGCAACAUUAAUAAUUAUUGUUCUGGCGCCUCCAGUGGUGUUCUGCAAAAUUUCAAAUUGUUGCAAAUAAUCAUUUAUUUUGUGUGUGUCUGCUAUGCUGGAUUUAGAACUUGAAAAAUUACUUUGUGACAUACAAUACACAUUUUUUU